AUGCCAUUUCUAGGAGAUUACCGGCUGCUUUUACGAAGAGAUUUUAUAUUGAAAGGUCUGGCUAUAGUCGCCACUCUUCAUGUCAAAUGCUUGGACGUUGAAACUACAAGGCCAAUUAUUUCUCGACUUAACUAUGAAGCACUCACGAGUGAGCUGAUUGCUAGGGAAAGGAGAGGCCCAAGAGAACUCCAUUCUAUACUGCUCACAAAUGCAGAUCUGCCUUUUCCUGAACCACCAAGAAAAUCUGAGAGACAAAUGGAAUUAGGUACAGUACUGUAUGCUACAGUUUUAUGAAUUCUGGCUUGUUUUACACACUCACAUUUCUGCAUAUUCUUUCUCUGCUGUUUUCAAUUAAUGCCAUCCCCAAAGGUCUGUUUCUGUUCUCCAAUGCAUAGCUGAAAAUUUGAGUGGCAACACUGAAUUUUACUCUAAGAGAAUGUCAGAAUUGAUAUUUUUUUUAAAAAGUGAAAAGGAAAACUCUGCACAUUUUCAUGCUUACAUUGGAUUUGAUCAGGACUUUCAGGGCCUUCAAAUCUCCCACUUAGUCUAUAUAUAUAUAUCUAUAUAUAUAUAUAUAUAUAUAGAUAGAUAGAUAUAUAUAUAGAUAUAUUCCUGUUUAAAUCUUUCCCACACACAAUUCAGACUGCAUUUUAGCACAAAACUCUGCUGUUUUUCAGCAUGGUAACGAACGAUACAAGCUUGUUGUAGUAAUGAAAACUCUAAUCAGUUAGGUGUGUAAGAGAUCUCCUGCUUGGAGAUUUCUUACAGUGCAGCCCUAAGGAGUCUGGAAAUUACCGUAAAUCCCAUUAGGUUCAAAAUGGGACUUUCUGGAAUGGUAAAAGCGAACAUUUUUAAGUAAUCAUAGGUUGUAUGAGGUCUGUUUAAUUGUAAAUCAACAUUUUUAGCGACUAUAGCAUGCGCUUUCGUAACGUGGUGUAACGUGCCAGGGGGAAAACUUGAUUUUUGGAUCAGUGAUGUAAAUCAGUUGUGAAAAGGAAGCAGAGAUAGUUUCACACCUCUGUAAAUCCAUGGAAGAACCUCCACUGGCAAUAAACGAGGCCAGGUCAGAGGUCAUGCCUCUCCUCAAAAUGUGCAGAGAUAAAGCAGAAAUGCUGAGCCGAAGGCAUGCCAGGACUUUUAGUGGCACAGUGGAACUUCCCCACCUUCUCCUAUCCCCAUGGGACCCAUAAAUCUGCUAGGUGGGGAAUCAGAAAGAGGAAAACUGAGAGCAGCCAGAGAGCAAAGAGGAGAAGAUGAAUUGUCAGAACGCAUUCCGUGCUGCUUGGAAAAUGAGCUGUUGAAGGGGGUAGAGAUAAGAGGGUGCUGCCCUUUUAAGGCACCAUCAAAACAAAGAGUGGGGGCCCCUCACACUUAUAGCAAAUAGGAAAGGAACAAAAAAAUUAGAGACAUUGGAAUCAGAGUCUGCAAGGGCGGGGAGACAUAGUAGCAAGUCUGUAUCAAGAGUUUGGUGGAACAGAAGGGUGUAAGGAAAGUAGGGGUGGGAAUCAGGAUGAAGGGAGGGGGGUUAUUGUUUUGCUGGUUUGAUUUACUUAUUUACUUCUUUUUAUCCUGUAUUUUAGGGACGCGGGUGGCGCUGUGGGUAAAACCUCAGUGCCUAGGACUUGCUGAUCGUAAGGUCGGCGGUUCGAAUCCCCGCGACGGGGUGAGCUCCCGUUGCUCGGUCCCAGCUCCUGCCAACCUAGCAGUUCGAAAGCACCCCUAAGUGGAAGUAGAUAAAUAGGGACCGCUUUAUAGCGGGAAGGUAAACGGCGUUUCCGUGUGCUGCGCUGGUGCUGGCUCGCCAGAUGCAGCUUUGUCACGCAGGCCACGUGACCCGGAAGUGUCUUCGGACAGCGCUGGCUCUCGGCCUCUUGAGCGAGAUGAGCGCGCAACCCACUGAAGUAAAAGUAUUAGUGCUCUGAGGAUUCUCUACGAACAGUCAAUAUAAUAUUAGGCUGGAUCUACACAGAUAUAAAAAAUGCUUUGAAAAUGCUUUAAAAAAAACUCCACACUCACCAGUGCCAUCUAGUGUCACAUUUGUAUAAUGCACUUAAAAUGCACUUAAAAUGUUAUAGCUGAGUCCUCAGUCUUCAUUCCUGAUGAUUUAAAUUAACCUGCCCUGUAGCAGAAUAUAGAAGGGUACAUACAUUCAGUUUGGUACACAAAGAGCAGGAUUUCAGACCUUCCAAGUGUCCCUAUUUUCCAGGGACAGUCCUGGAUUUACAGAAGAUGUCCCAGUUUCUGAUCUGAUCCCAAAUGUCCUGCUUUUCCAUAAGAUGUCUGUUAUAGGAAUUCUAAGGUCUUAUAUAUAUAAAAUAAAUGUACAUAAAUGUACGGGACGCGGGUGGUGCUGUGGGUUAAACCACAGAGCCUAGGACUUGCCGAUCAGAGAGUCAGCGGUUCGAAUCCCCGCAACAGGGUGAGCUCCCGUUGCUCGGUCCCUGCUCCUGCCAACCUAGCAGUUUGAAAGCACGUGAAAGUGCAAGUAGAUAAAUAGGUAGAUAAGUGGCUUAGUCAUGCUGGCCACAUGACCCGGAAGCUGUACACCAGCUCCCUCGGCCUGUAAAGCAAGAUGAGCACCGCAACCCCAGAGUCGGCCACAACUGGACCUAACCUUUACCUAGGAUGUCCCUAUUUUCAUUGGAGGAAUGUUGGAGGAUAUGGGAUUCAGCUUAGGAACUCCCAUUAGCAGAAACCUUGGACAAGGGCUUCCACUUGCACCAUAAUAGAGUUUGCCCCCCACCCAAGCUUCCUAAAGAUAGACCCCAGAACAGCAUGUGGUAGGGGGGAUAAUUCCAUGUGGGAACCAGACAGAACAUUUGUAAUAGUGCAACACUGAAGUCCACCCCCCAAGUGUUUUAAAAGCCUAAACAACAACCAACACACACAUCCCAAGAGACAUUGUUGUUUUGCAAGGGAAGAUCUGAAGAUAUUUAUCUCCAUAUAAACGGAAUCCACUCUAACUUGACUCACGAUGUUUUUCAGAAAGGUUACUGGAGGAAAGACUGGCGGAGAGACUGGGAGAAAGACUGGGGGAAAGACUGGAAGAAAGACUGUCUCUCCCUGUAGAGGAAAAAGAAUUGCUCAUUGAGGAGGUAAAACAGAAAAAAAAGAAAAGAGUGACUUAUGCAGGUAGAAACCAUUUUUAUAUACUCGUGUGUAUGUGUGUGUGUCCUUUAAAAAGAACCGUUACUGUUAUUCAUCUAAAAGCCUUGAUGCAGCACACACACAAAUAUAAAAUAAGGUGAUAAACAAGCUUUACUGGAAACAGUUGAUGAUAGAAGUGAUCAGUGCAUAGCUGUCUACUUUCAGAUUUGAAAAUAAGGGAUCAGCAGCCUCAAAAAUAAGGGAUAAGCAGCCUCACCUGUCCUGGGGACAGUCUACGGGAUAUCUAACAAUCUGGGAUAGCAGCGGGAAGCAGCGGGAAACGGCGCUAGAAUAAGGGAAUUUCCAGCAAAAAAGGGAAGGUUGACAGCUAUGGAUCAGUGAGCUGUCUUAAUCAAAUUUUAAACAUCAUGACAAUUCAUUAGUUCAGAAUCUACAAGCAUUUUACUAAAGGUUGCAGCUGCUGCUGCAAACAAGACAGAAUUAUAUGCCAUCUAGCAAAUAAGCUACUUACAAAUAUAUGCUGUGUGUCCUUGCAUUCUUAUGUAAUGUGAGAUGCAAAUCUUUAAUUUGGGGGUGAAUGUUCUAGGCAAUCCAAUUAGUAGGGAAGUAAACUUUCCAUCACAAGCCCUCUGUAAAGACACAAUACUUUUUUCUACUAAGUCCAGGCAUCCACAACCAUACUCGUCGGCUUACAUUCUGCAUAUUUAUUUCAUUAAACAUAGCAUACACAAUUGUAUUAAUGAAAUAAAUCAUGAGCUUUAUGUUGCUAAAGCAGUAAAAUAAUGAGGUUUGGUAAGAAAGUAAGUUUCCCAUAUAUUUCAGUUCCUUUCCAAAUUUCCACAUGUUUUUCCCCUGAGGGGAAACCCAGGAUGAGAACAAUGGCUUCAAAAUGCCCAGAAUACAGAGCCUAGGACUUAUCAAUCAGAAGGUCGGCGGUUCGAAUCCCCGCGACGGGGUGAGCUCCCAUUGCUCGGUCCCUGCUCCUGCCAACCUAGCAGUUCGAAAGCACGCCCAAGUGCAAGUAGAUAAAUAGGUACCGCUCCGGAGGGAAGGUAAACAGCGUUUCCGUGCGCUGCUCUGGUUCGCCAGAAGUGGCUUAGUCAUGCUGGCCACAUGACCCGGAAGCUGUACGCCGGCUCCCUUGGCUAAUAAAGCGAGAUGAGCGCCGCAACCCCAGAGUCGGUCACGACUGGACCUAAUGGUCAGGGGUCCCUUUACCUUUAAUUCAGUCUCUCACAUGAUUAGGAAAUCACUCCUUGGCCACUUUCCCCUUGCCUGGUGCUGCUGUGCCCCACUUGUUGGAGUGGAAGAUCUGCUAUAAAUCCUGCAGGGAGUUUCAUAUGAAGAGCAGGCUCCCUGCUUCAGAUCCUUUACCCCAAUAGACUGACAGUGGCAGAACCAAGCAUUGAGGACAUGAUGGAGUAGAUGCACAAGUCUAAUCGUGAUGAGACUGAACCCCCAAACAUGCCUUACUGCUUAGUCAAUGCUGUAAAAAGGUAAAAAUAAAGGACCCCUGACAGUUAAGUCCAGUCAAAGACUACUCUGGGGUUGCGGCGCUCAUCUCGCUUUACAGGCCAAGAGAGCCGUUGUUUGUCCACAGGCAGUUUUUCUGGGUCAUGGGGCCAGCAUGACUAAGCUGCUUCUGGCACAACGGAGCACCGAAACCAGAGCAGCGCACGGAAACGCCAUUUACCUUCCCACCAGAGCAGUACCUAUUUAUCUACUUGCACUUUUUGGCGUGCUUUCAAACUGCUAUGUUGGCAGGAGCUGGGACCGAGCAACGGGAGCUCACUCCGUCGCAGGGAUUCAAACCGCCGACCUUCUGAUCGGCAAGCCCAAGAGGCUCAGUGGUUUAGACCACAGCGCCACCCGCAUCCCUAGUCAAUGCUGUACAUCUACAUCUCAUGAAUGGGGUGUUAUCACAUUCAUUGCUUUUUCAGUUGAUUAGUACCAAAUGCGACACUUCUGAUAGCAUAAACAGAAGCUGGUCAGCCCAGUCAGCUAGUCGCAAGGCACAACUUUGGCCAACCCAGGUAUUGCUAAACUGUGUGCUGGAUUACUAAGAGAUCAGCCUGUUAUCAGGGGUGGGUUAAGGAAAAAACAGCUUGAAGUGGCAAAGACCAUUAAGAGAGCAGAGGAGUUGGGUUCAACUAAGUCCUAUUCAGAGUAGACCUGUUGAAAUUAAUGGAUGGAGGUUAGACAUGUCCAUUAACUUCAGUGAAUCUGCUCUCAGCAGGGCUAGUGUUGAAUAUCACCCAAAAUGAUUUAAUCUGUGCUAUAUAUAGGGCUGUAACAUGCUAUGACUGAAAGCUGGAGGAGCAAAUGACAGCAUUUGUUAUUUCUUAUGCUAUCUAAUGCCUGUUACAUUGUUCACAAUUUAUAUUUUAAUUGUUGUCCUUGUUGGUACCUUAAAGCAGCCGCAGCCAUAUGUUGUUAGGGUGCAAUUCUAGUCAUCCUGGACAAUUGGCUAUGCUGCCUGAUGCUGAUGGGAUGUGUACUCCUACCAGAACAGUUGCUUUAAAGAGAUGCUACUGUCCUUCUCGUGGGACGCGGGUGGCGCUGUGGGUUAAACCACAGAGCCUAGGACUUGCCGAUCAGAAGGUCGGCAGUUCGAAUCCCCGCCACAGGGUGAGCUCCCGUUGCUCGGUCCCUGCUCCUGCCAACCUAGCAGUUCGAAAGCACAUCAAAGUGCAAGUAGAUAAAUAGGUACCGCUCUGGCGGGAAGGUAAAUGGCGUUUCCCUGCGCUGCUCUGGUUCGCCAGAAGCGGCUUAGUCAUGCUGGCCAUAUGACUGUACGCUGGCUCCCUCAGCCAAUAAAGCGAGAUGAGUGCCGCAACUCCAGAGUUGGUCACUACUGGACCUAGUGGUCAGGGGUCCCUUUACCUUUUUACUGUCCUUCUCACUUAACAACCUGCACAAUGUUUAUUGCAUUCUCUUUUUUUCAAUUGAAUUUGUAUACCAAAUUACAAUCUUGAUUCGCUGAAUAUCAAGAUAUUUAAAUACUCCAACUAUAACGAAGAUUGAGAAGCUAGAGCAGGGGUCACCAACCUAAGGCCCAUGGGCCGGAACCGGCCCGUGGAGAUUGUCUGACCAUCCCAUGAGCUGCCCCCGAACUGAGCACACUGCACUAAACCAGCGCAGCGCAGCAUGGUGACUCACUUCCACGGCGCCGGAAACUGUGUCUACACACACAGAGAUGCCGAAAAUCGCGUCUGUGCAGACGCAGAAAAUCGCAGGCACACGCAUGAUCUGGCCCACGGAGGGAUCUCCACGGGACCGAUCCAGCCCAGGCAAGAUAAACCUUGCUGACCCCUGAGCUAGAGGGUUAUAUGAAGAUCCUUCCCUGUCAAUAUGUUCAAAAAAGGUAAAUGAAUCUGAUUCAGAAUUCUGAGAUUUAGCCUUUCCUUAGACCACACGUCUGUGUCUGGUCAAGUGUUUUGACAAAGCGGUGUUUCAGACAUUGCUGAACCAUCAAAUGUAUCCCUAUCGUGUUUUAUGACUUCAUUGAUGUGAGCUGGAACUGGUCUGUGACCGAAAUAAUAAAUGCAUUCAUUGCUGAACCAUGUCUCACACAUUAAAGUGUGAGGAGACUUUCAAUAACGGGCAAUAACUAAUCUGGCAGCCACUAGUAACAUUAAGGCUAUGUUUUUGCACGUGACUGAGGGGUUGACAUCGUUAUCUAAAGAGAGAAGAGCCAAAGAGGAGCCAGAAACAUGUUUUGUCCAGUGAUAUUUGAUAUUAAACACCCAGGUUAACCAUUUUGCAUUCCCACCACAUAUGCAGGAGCGAGAUUUAUUCCAGAACUAGAACCUGAGCUGGAUUAUGAACCCGAUCUGGAUUAUGAUGACUCACUUAUCUCCGGUAUGGGAAGCGAGCCAAAAUUAAAUCUAGAAGAGGAAGAGACUGAAUCGAUGUCAGCAGCUUACAUGGCGGUACUCUCUUGCCUAAUGCAUAGAAGAACUGGGCUUAGUCUUAAGGUAAUUUCCCUAAAAGUAUGGCUGUGUUGCCUUUGACAGUCUUUUCUCUGAGGCACCUACUGGGGCCUCCAGUGGGAUUUCCAUUUUAUCACCAUAACAGUCCAAGAGAAGUUAAGCCAAAGGUCACCUUGGGAGCUCUAUGGUACACUGAGGAUUUGAGUCUUCCCAAUCAACCACAAAUUUAUAGGCUACAAAGAGCUACAGAGUGAUUUGCUAGACUUCUUUACCCUGUUCUUUAUAGAAAGACUGAGAGUAAAAGUGCUGUUCACACAAAACUCCCAAGUCUGUAGAGCGGAGGUAGGGACCUGGUGCCAUCCAGAUGUUGCCAAACUCCAGAUCCCAUCAGUCCUGCCAAAAAGACCAGUGCUCAGGGAAGAAGGGAGCUGUAGUCCAACAACAUCUGGAGGGCUAAACGGUCCCCAUCCCUAUUGUAGAGAUUGUGUGAAGUAGUGUGUGCAAGACUAUGGGUGCCUGUCUUAUCUCUGAAACCACUUCAGAUCAACGUUUUACAUUCAGUAACAGGGUUGGCCCUAUAUGAGUAGUCAAAUGUGCAUGAUCACAUUGUCAGUUUGAACAUGGUUUCCACCGAUAAGGAAGGUCUAAUCCCUGGUAGAUAGUACAUCCGUAGGCUGCAUUCCAGCAUAUCUUUUAAAGCAUUGUUGUUGUUGUUUAGUCGUUUAGUCGUGUCCGACUCUUCGUGACCCCAUGGACCAGAGCACGCCAGGCACUCCUGUCUUUCACUGCCUCCCGCAGUUUGGUCAAACUCAUGCUGGUAGCUUCGAGAACACUGUCCAACCAUCUCGUCCUCUGCCGUCCCCUUCUCCUUGUGCCCUCCAUCUUUCCCAACAUCAGGGUCUUUUCCAGGGAGUCUUCUCUUCUCAUGAGGUGGCCAAAGUACUGGAGUCGCAGCUUCAGGAUCUGUCCUUCCAGUGAGCACUCAGGGCUGAUUUCCUUCAGAAUGGAUAGGUUGGAUCUUCGUGCAGUCCAUGGGACUCUCAAGAGUCUCCUCCAGCACCAUAAUUCAAAAGCAUCAAUUCUUCAGCGAUCAGCCUUCUUUAUGGUCCAGCUCUCAUUUCCAUACAUCGCUACUGGGAAAACCAUAGCUUUUAAAGCAUAAGUGUAUAUUAUUUUGAAUCAAAUAUGCUGCAGAUACCUCCAAAACUGUUCCAUCCAAUGUAUGGAGCAGUUUCCAGGGAUGGAAAUAGACAUGUAUUAGCCUGUUCCUUGUUGCUGCUGUAAGCUGCUGUAAGAAAGCAGUUCUUUCUUACAGCAGAUUAGUUAUAGAAAAUAUAAAUCUCAUGUGGGUUCCCUGCCCCUUUCUGUUUUCUCCAUAGGCAUUUUUUCUGUUUCAACUUCCAGACCUCUCACCUUUGGCCGGCUUUUUGCUGUACCUUAACCUGUCGUUUAACUACUUGUACUUCUUUCCUACAGAGGUAAGUGUGACGGUGGGACAUAACAAACAAGCAAACAAACAAAAUCCUGCCUUGUUUUUAUGCAAGUAGCAGGGAAGACAUGGCUGCAUGCAUUAUGUGGUGGUUUGACGGGAGAUGGCAGCUAUCUGAGAGGGUUCUAAUCCCAUUUCGGCUCAUUUUCUGACAGCAGCAGCAACAGGAGAGAAGCUAUGCACCUGCAAUUUUAUCAACAUGCCCCAGCGUACUGAACGUUCACAAAGAACCAGAGUUUAUUUGUGACAUGCAACACAAGGUUACUUAUCUUUCCUCCUAAGCUGUCCGUUCCCCAGUCACUCUCCAAGUCUCUCAACGCCUUUGCUCUCCACUUAGAAGAUCAAGCACCCAGCCUUGGCUUUGUCCCCAGUUUUCUUCAUUUUAUUACAUUUGCCCAUUCAAUUUUCUUUUUGAUCCCACAGGUAUUUUAUCUUAAACACUUAGAAGUGCUAAAGCUCCGAAACAACCCCAUCAAAUUCAUCCCAGAAGAUAUCUGCCGAAUGAAGAAUCUUAAAUUAUUGGUUAUGUCCUUCAAUUUGCUGACUACUCUUCCAGCUGGGUACAGUAGUAGUGCUUUUAAUAUCACAAAAAGCACAAAAAUCACCUGAAAAGUACAGCGGUGUGAUUCAUAAACACCAGCACACUUAGGGCACUCUGUGACAUCACAGAGACUACUCCAGUAAUUUUUAAAACUCUAUUCUCCUUAACCCCUUCACAUACUGACUCGCAUUUGACUGCAAAUCUUCCACACUAAAGUCCACUUCUUCACAUGUAACCACGUGCAUCAGUCUAUUUGCACCUAAAGUAGACUAUCGUCCACAAAAGCUUUCACCAUAACAAAAUUAUUUGAGAUGCCACCAGUCUUUGCUUUUAUUUACCGCUCCCCCACUUAAAAAAACAACAACUGCCCAUUUCUAGGAACUAUAAUCUUUAUCACAUUUUUUGUGUGCAAAACAAUCCGUCUUUACAAUAGUGACAAAUUGGAGGACAAAGAAAGUAGUCUCUUGGUUUUGUGAGGCUUUCUGUGGCAAUUUUAGGUCUCCUGAAUUACUCAGCAUGUAUUAGCAGCUGAAUAGGUGAGUGAUGUGCUGAGUUUCAUAUGCCUUUGAUAUGGUGUGUAUUUGCUUUCUUUCUAUAGGCUGUUUUCACUGCCCAAUCUGCAGGGCCUCGAUGUUUCCUACAAUGAACUUGAAUGCAUCCCUAAUGAAAUUGGAAAACUCAGGUAUAUAUUUCAGUCUCCAACUGAUUUCUACUGUUUUAGUGUCAACUGUCUGGGGUUUCCUGAUCAGAUUUUCAAAGCACAAACACUUGUACCAGCUCUUAUUGCAGUGGGACACAUUCCAUUCUGGGCAAAGCUCUAGGGGCCACAUUCCUGUGGUGAGCAGAGCCAGAAUCAAAAGUGGGUAGAGCAACAAAUGUGACUUUUACCUUCGUACAGUAGGCUAGUUUUACCCUCACUCACACACCCAUUGUCAGGGACUGGUUGGACUCAGAGGAAUGUUGUGAGGAACCAGCUGGGGAUGCCAACUGCUUGGUGUAGUGUGGUGUAGUGGUUAAGAGCGAUAGACUCGUAAUCUGGGGAACCAGGUUCACGUCUCCGCUCCUCCACAUGCAGCUGCUGGGUGACCUUGGGCCAGUCACACUUCUUUGAAGUCUCUCAGCCCCACUCACCUCACAGAGUGUUUGUUGUGGGGGAGGAAGGGAAAGGAGAAUGUUAGCCACUUUGAGACUCCUUCAGGUAGUGAUAAAGUGGGAUAUCAAAUCCAGACUCUUCUUCUUCUUCUAAAGUUGAUGAGACAUAUGUAAGUGACCUGUGGGGUGUCUUUUGGUCUGUGAUCCUUUAGAAACCUAACAUAUCUGAACGUAGAAGGGAAUCUACUGUACGUCUUGCCUUGCGGGCUGCUGAAGCUCAAGCUGAGCUGCCUUAAGGUGGAAAACAACUUCUUGCACACCUACUUCUGGGAUGAAAUCUGCCGCCUUGAGCCACAACGACUCACUGACAUGGCCGCCUUUUGUUUUGCCAAACACAACCUUUGGAGAGUGUAUCGCAAGAUCCCAAGGGACAUUCAUGAGAUAUUGCUCAAGUAAGUAAGGCGGGGACCUCCAUCACAACCACAGGUUUUAAGGGAAACUUUUGAUGCAAUAGCAGUCAGUCCCCAACCACUGCAAUAACUAUGUGACCAAAAAGGUUUCUGUAGGGAUUCUCACAGCCCUGUGCUAGAAUAGCACCCACUGGUCCAAAAAGGUUGGCAUCCCCUGUAUAAAGAUAAGUGGGGGUAAGGUACAUGCAAUGUCUUGAGCAGGUGCGCCAACUCCAUGGGGAUGAGGCCUCUACAGCCCCCCACAAUGUCUGCUGGGAUGGGGCUCAGUCCCCCAAAUCUUGAGAGGGCAGAGGAGACCUGGCAGAAUGUCACCCUGGGCAGUGCAGUCAGAAGACUCCACGUGGACCAGUGGGGCUUAGCGGGCAACCCUGGUCGGCCUCUCCCAAAGCCACAGUCAUCAUGCAUGCCACGUGCAACAUGUGUGACAUCACGUGCAUGCACAUCACACGUGUGGCGUCAGCCCCCGCAAUGUCGGGCGCGACUCAGUGUUUCUGAAUGUUCAAGACCACAGGCACCAUCUAAAUGCUACUUAUUAAUAAAAGUAGAAUAUUUCUAAUGGGUUUCAAGUGCAAGCUCUGCUCUAUAGGUAGACAACAUGGUGCUGGCCAGAUGUUUUGGACUACAACUCCCAUCAUCCUUGGUAAUUUGCCAUGCUGGCUAGAGGUGCUGGGGUUGUAGUUCCACAUUGGCCAGCCCUGCUGUCCAUUAUUUUCUCAGUACGUUAAAUGUAAAGAACACCUAACAUUUCUCUCUCUCUCUCUCUCUCCACAUUUUAGCUUUAAAGCCUGCGACUGCUGCACAGGACCCUUGUAUGGAAAAGGCCUUCAGUUCCCUCGCAUUUUUAGGAAUGUCUAUGGGCUUAGGCUUCCUUAUCUUUUUAGUGCCUGCUCGCCAACCUGCUAUUCAAAUUAUGUUGCUGAAGCUGUUGCAGCUGCUGAAGCUGCGGCAGCUACAGAUGCUGCAGCUUCAGUGCAAUAG